AUGGGUUGGGGUGGGGCUCGUGGGGGUGGGGGACUGGGGAUGGGGGUGGCGGUGAAGGUAGGGGGAGUGGCUGAGUUUGGCGGUGGGGGUUGGAGACUAGGGAUGGGUGGUGAUGCUGAGGGUGGGCGAACAGUGGAAAGGGGUAGAGCUGGGGCUGUGGGUGGCGGCGUGGGUUGGGGUGGGAUUGGUGCGAGUGGUGUGGGUGCCGUGGGUUGCGGCGGUGGCGGUGAGGGUGUGGGGGGAGGGUGGGGGCGGGGUGGGCGAGUGGGAAGGGGUGGAGCUGGGGGUGGGGUUGCAGCGUGGGUUGGGGUGAGGCUGGUGUGGGUGGGGGUGGCAGUGAAGGUAGUGGGAGUGGCUGGGUUUGGCGGUGGGGGAUGGAGACUUAAGAUGCAGGGUGGCGGUGAGGGUGGAGGGAGAGUAGGGAGGGGUGGAGCUGGGGCUGUGGGUGGCGACAUUGGUUGGGGCGGGGCUGGUAGGGAGUGA